GGGUCAAGGAUGCAGCAUGAAAUCAGCUGACUUCAUGCAAUUUAGAAAAGCUGUUCAUACGAGAAUUUCAUCGAUACUUAUAUCAUACUUGACACCUUAUUAUUACAUGUAAACAUAGAAAAACAAGGAUUGAUAUCAACUGACCAACCCGUUAUUUACCAUCGUAUUUACAACUCUAAAUAUCACGAAAGUGUGAAAAAGGACGUGGGUGAAUAGAGAAAAAUAUUGGGCGAAAGUGGACAUUAGACCCGUAAUUUUCAAGCGCGUUUCACACACGUCCAACAAUGUGUGCAUCAUUACUCAACACUUCCAUUCGACACCAAAUAAACACAAGCGUACGCAAUAUUAGUAACCGGAGAGUUUGAUUUUUUUUCUUUCGCAACAGAGCGAAACAGUCAGUGCGUCUUGUAAGCGGGUCUUCCAAAAGGGCUCGGAAAAUGUGGAUUCGUCAUACCUUCAUUACCGCCAUAAUAGGCGUAGCGCUGACUAAAUCGCAGUCAUUUUUCCAACCACUCGAACCAACGACAAAGAUGCUGUUCGACUUUACGAACGUGACGAACGUCGAUGACUGGAUGGAAAUAUCGGAUACGGUUCGGGAAGUUGGCAUGUCAAAGGCAGUGUUGACUCUCCAAAAAACUCGAGUAUUCCAGAGAGCCAUUUUUUUUACUCUGUUGAACCCUCAACCGAACGGUGCAGGUUUCGCCGGUGUCAGAACUAGAACGAAUCUCGAUCUGACGGGCUACAAAUACAUCGAAAUGUUAUGUCGGGCUCAGGGAGCCAAUCAGAACUACAAAAUUGUUCUACGUCACAGAGGCAUGGCCGCCGAUUCCGACGUAGAGUACGAACAUUUUUUUUCGGUGUCGACUUCAAAUGGUGGUUUUGAAACAGUCAAGGUGACCUUGGCAGAUUUCAAGCCGUACUUUCGGGGACGUGAGCAGCCGGAUGAACCGCCAUUGGACGUUGCCAACAUUACCAUGUUCGGUAUACAAGUGUACGGUGGAGUUUAUUUACCAAUAAAACAGAAAGGCGUUUCAUCUCUCGAGAUAAAAACAAUCACCGCGACUAAUUAUUGAAGAGUUGUCACUUUCGACUAUUCCCUGAACGAAGUCGAAUAGUCAAAAAAAUGUACAAUUUUCUGAUGUUCAAUGAAAUUAAAUAUUUUCACUUUAAUAAUGAAA